AUGUUUCAAUGCCAACAAGCCAAACGUUGUGGCUGUGGAUGUGGUGGAGGCUUCCAUGGUUAUGGUGGAGUGGAGCACAUCUAUGAUGGGGGCUUCGGACACGGUGGCUUUGGCGGUCAUGGCGGCUGCGGUUGUGGGGCCAGCAGCCACGGUGGUAGCUGGGGUGUCUGUGAUUUGUGUCAUCACAACUGCCAUGACGACGGAUGGUGUGGUGCUGGAUGUAUGUGUGGUAAUUGCUGUGGUGGUUUUGGUCACCCCAAGACCAAUCAUGGCUGCAACAGUGGAUGCUGUCCUUCCGUUACCUUCCCUUGUACCUUCGGCGCAUGCGUCAAUAAUCCUUGCUGUGAAUGCUGCCGUGAGCCCGCACCUAAGGGGAAGUGCAAGUGGCCUUGCUUGUGGCCCUGUUGCUGUGAAUGUACACCUCCGAAGUUCAAGUUUAAACCUCUGAAACCAAAGCCUGUUUGCCACUGCCCGCACAGCUGUGACUCCAGCCCUGGACACAAGAGAUCAGCAGAUGUUGCUUUUGGAAUGCACCGCCGCUUUGCUGCUCCUUAUGCCCCAUCCUUUGUACGUCCUUCUUCCCGUCACCAUGGAUACCGUCACUAUGGAUACCGCAGCUUUUUACCAAGGACGCCAUACCCAUACAUGUAUGGACAUCAUCUUCCUUAUUACUGAGUAGUUUAUAAACUUGUUCCUGUGAAUUCGACCCAUCAACUACCUAUGACAUCCAAUCAGAAAAGACAGGAGAAGCUCAUGAGCCAUUGAUGUGGUUCAAUGCUAAAGCAGUGACCCAUGCUGAAAUCUUGUGCAGUAUGAGGCUUUGAAACGUAUUGUUCUCAUAAUCUUUAAACAAGUUUGUCCAUUUUUACGCAUGAACCAAUAAAAAAAUGAUUUCAAA